AUGUCGUCCGCAACAGUUUCGAGAAAGGUUCUCGAUGAAGCUCGGAACCAGAGAAACCGAUCGGUUUUCCUGCGUGACAUUAUCGUUAUUCGUCUUAUCAAUGCUUGGUGGAUAGGCACCUUUUUCCAGCCAGAUGAGUUCUUCCAGUCUCUUGAACCAGCUUGGAACCUGGCUUUUGGAUCCGAGAGCGGUGCUUGGUUAACAUGGGAAUGGCAACAUCAACUUCGCACCUCUCUUCAUCCAGCUCUCUUCGCAGGCGUCUAUCUCGUCGCCGACUUCAUCUCCAGCCAUAUCCUCCCCAUAGGAAUCCUCCGCGCUUCCAUCCUCGUCGCUGCACCCCAAGCUCUCCAAGCUGUAAUUGCUGGCCUCGGCGACUGGUACACUUGGCAGCUGGCCGUGUCCAUUUUCGGCGCCAACAGCAAUGUCUCAUUCUUUGCUCUCUUUCUGCAACUUUUCAACCCUUGGCAAUGGUACUGCUCUACAAGAACCUUUUCAAACUCUUUGGAAAUGACUCUCACUGUAAUGGCCAUGUACUACUGGCCCUGGGAGCUUCUCGGUGUGGCAGAGACAACUAAGGAGAACCCUAAACCUACCCCUAUUCUCAAGAAUCUCCGGUCACUUCGGGCCUCUCUUUGUCUUGCAGCUUUGGCUGUGGUUCUCCGACCCACCAACGCCUUGAUCUGGGUGACCAUUGUCCUUUUCACUAUUACCCGGGUCUCAUUUCAGGGACCUUCACCUCUUGGUCUUUCAACAGUUCUCACACUGAUUCGCGAGGCCAUCUUGUGCGGUUCUCUGAUCCUAGCCAUAUCCGCUGCCUCGGACCGUCAGUACUUUGGCUUCUGGACGUUUCCUGCUUACAACUUCCUACACUUUAACCUAUCAAAGGCCCUUGCCGUCUUCUAUGGUCGUAGCCCCUGGCACUAUUAUUUUCUCCAAGGGCUCCCCCUGAUUUGUACCACAAGUCUUCCGUUUGCUGUUGCUGCUCUUUACAAGCCAACUGCACAUGCCACAUCGGCACAGCAAUCCAAUGUGCUCAAAACAUUGGCCUAUACUGUUUUCACAACUAUUGGUGUUUUGUCGCUCAUUACACACAAAGAAGUUCGCUUCAUCUAUCCUCUCCUCCCAACACUCAGUAUACUCGCUGCCCCUUACGCUGCCUCAUUCUUCACAUCCCAACCAAGUCCCACCACCAACAAUCCUCGUCCGCGACCUCAGAUCCGCAACAAGCCCUACCUUUUUAUUGCCCUUGGAGUCAAUGUUUUUCUCGCAGGCUACCUGUCUUUCUUCCACCAGCCAGCUCCACUUGAUGUCCUCGCCUAUCUCCGUCAUGAGUACGAGCGCAUCCAUCCGGACUCUGUUGCACUAGCCCAAACCUCUCACUUCUCUGCUACACCCGAGAAGGAGGAUGAACUCUUUGCUUUGUUCCUGAUGCCUUGCCACUCUACUCCGUGGCGUUCACAUCUAGUCUAUCCUGGCCUACGAGCUUAUGCUCUCACCUGCGAGCCUCCUCUUCACACUGAGCCAAAUACUCCCGAGAGAGAAAACUAUCGUGACGAGGCUGAUCGAUUCUAUGAUGACCCUAUUCCUUUUCUCACCUCUGAGCUAUUCAAUCCGGCCAAUGCCCUUGCUGUUCCUCGCUAUAUCAUUGGCUUUGAAGGUAUCGAGCCAUGGCUUCAAGAGUUCACCCAAACUCCCGAGGCCCAAUCUCUUGGAUUGAGUCAGGUACGGCCUGUCUGGAAGGGUUUCAAUGGCCUUUUCAAUGAAGAUUGGCGGCGGUCAGGAAAAAUGAUUGUUUGGGACACUGGCGUAUAUGACAUGGCGGCCCCUACAAAGGAAUUAUGA